AUGUAUCGUCAGUGCAAAAGCACGUUUCGACUAGCUCGACAUGCCUACAAGGGUCUUUCUGGAACUGCAAGAUAUCAUCUCAACAAUCCAAUUGCGCUUCAUCGGGCCCAAAUUCAUCUUGCUUCGGUGCGAUAUGCAGCAACCGAUCGAAGCAAAGUGGAAGAAACGUUGAAAAUGUUAAAGGAAGACUUGGAAAGGCAACAAGCCGAAGAAACACAGCGUUUAAAGCUAGUUCCGGCUGCAUCUGGUGAAGUUCAGAAGCUAACUAUUGGACAGAAGAUUAUGCAUGAGUUGAAGCAUUACUAUCAUGGCUUUCGACUACUUGCCUUAGAAACUCGGCUCGGGGCUAAAUACCUGUUUCGCAUAGUGCGGGGAAGCUCUUUAACACGCAAAGAAAGGCAACAACUGGUGAGAACUGUUUCGGACUUGUUUCGUCUUGUGCCAUUUUCGAUUUUCAUCAUCGUGCCUUUUAUGGAAUUGGCCUUGCCAUUCUUUAUCAAAUUCUUCCCAAAUAUGUUGCCAUCAACUUUCCAGGAAAAAUCCAAAGAGGAAGAGAAAAUUGCAAAACAACUAAAGGUGCGUGUUGAGAUGGCCAAAUUUUUGCAAGAUACAAUCGAGGAAAUUGCACUGGAAAAGAAAAGCCGAAGCAAAGAAGUAAAGCCAACAGAAAGCAAGGCUCUUGAAUUUGCUCAAUUCAUCAAAAAGGUUCGCACUGAAGGCGGAUAUGUUUCGAAUGCAGAUCUAUUCAAAUACACAAAACUUUUUGAGGAUGAACUUACUUUGGACAAUCUUUCCAUGUCGCAACUACGUGCUCUUUGCAAACUAUUGUCUAUUCAACCACUUGGAACACCCGAAAUUCUUCGUUUCCAAUUGAAUCUGAAGCUCCGUGAACUGAAAGCCGAUGAUAAACAAAUUGCGGCUGAAGGUGGUGUAGAUGCCUUACCUAUUCCCGAACUUCAAAUUGCCUGCCGCGCCCGUGGAAUGAGAAGUGUUGGUGUUUCAGAAGAUCGACUGAAAGAACAAAUGCGACAAUGGUUAGAGCUCUCCCUAAACGACAAAGUACCUCCAUCUCUUCUUUUGUUGUCACGCACAAUGUAUCUACCAGAAGACUUCUCCUUUACUGACCGGCUCAAGAAUAUUAUGAAGAAUUUACCAGAUGGAAUCGCCGAACAGACUCGUCAAAAGCUGACCGAAAUGGAGGGAGGAAAAAUUGACCACAAAGCUAGGAUUGCUCUGAUCAAAGCAAUUGAAGAGGGAAUCAAGAAAGAAAAGGACCUUGCCGUGAAACAGCAACAAGAGAAACAAAAGGAAGUUGCCGCUAAAGCUGAACUUGAAGCUGAAAAGGCUAAAAACAUUCAAGAUCUGGCUGAUGAAAUGAAGACACAAUCAAUUCUUGGAGAGGCUAUCGCAGAAGCAGCCAAAGCAGCUCAUCAAAGUGUUGAAGAAGUGAAAUCAACACUGGCUCAUCUAUCAAAAGAUGCAGCCGCACAAGCUACCAAGCCAACAAAAGAAGCCAUUAAAGAAGAAAUUAAAGUUGAUCCAAAGGAAUUGGCAUCAAUUGAGAACAUCCUUCACGGCGGUGCACUGCAUGAAGCUAAGCAUGAUAUUAUUGGCCUGAAAGAGAAGGUGAUCGAGCACUCCGAGGAUCUUUUGGAAAUCAGUUCGCUUGAUGGACAAUUCGCUGAAUCAAAGGUCGCUGCCCGCCUUCGUAACAGGCUAAACUCGAUGAUUGAAAAUGUUGAUCAUCUUGUUACCAAACUUGAAGACGAUAAGAAAAAUAUCGAUGAGACAAUCGCCGACCCGGCUGUACCAGAAGCAGCCGUGGAGAAGAAAGAGCGGCUUGUGCGUAUCACGGAUCUUGUCGACUCUUUAAAGAAAUUAAAGACGAUUACGGAUGAGAAAAAACAAGCUCGAAUUGAGGAGCUUCUUAAUGCCGUUGAUGAAGAUAAAGAUGGCGUCAUUGACUCUGCUUUGGUACUUGAGGUUAUCGAAUUGAUGGAAAAACACAGUGAUGUGCCAAUGUCUGCCUCGCAAAUCACCGCAAUGAUUGAAAUGCUCAAGAAAGAGGAUCAAGCAGAAGCUGUGGCAGAAGCGAUGAAACAGAUCAACAUUGGUGAACCGAUUCUCCCGCGGGGAUCUACAUGUGAAGACGAACUUUCGGCCCUCAACGAUGGUCCACUUGAUGUGACAGAUGCGGUGCCGGUUCCCAAGACAGCUCAAUUGAACAAGGAAAAUUCUCCAAAAAAGACGAGUCAAUUA